AUGAACAGCUGUGCUAGGCGAGCAAUUCUUGUAAAUGUACAGAACUUAGCCUUAGUCAUUUUUAGAAUUGGAUUUUACCUCAAGGAAAAGGUUGACUCAGAGUUGGAAAGGAAAGCCCAACAUCUUCUGCAGGAAUUGCCUUGGCCACUCGGACAGUUUCCUAACGUGAAACUGAGAGUUGAGCCUCAGGCUUUUUAUUUUCUUUUUGACGGGGGUUACUUCACACGAUGCCUAUUUCAUAACGAAUAUUCUUUUUUGGCCUAUUUUUUGUCAAAAAAAAAUAGGUCAAAAAAAUAG